AAACUAUGCCAAUCACAUAUACACCUUUACCAGACAAUGUCGACCAUAGCAAGCAGUCAGUGACCGUUCCUGGCACCAAGCAGCCAGGACAAACCCCUUUCUACGGUUUGCUUGAUCCCGACUCUCCUAACUAUCCGAAGACGCUCCAAGACAUCUUCAACAAUGGCUACUCCUUCAAUCCAGAUGCCAAACUUCUUGGUCAUAGACCUGUCAUUUCUAGGUCUCCGCUCAAGUUCGGUCCCUACUCGACUGUCAGAAGACGUCGGAUUGGCAGUGCACUGCAUCGCUUGUUCGCCACAGGCGAACUCAAGGCAGCAGACAUGGAGACAGUCGGUAUAUGGUCACGAAAUCGACCAGAGUGGCAGUUAGUCGAGUUUGCAUUGCAUGCUUACGGAAAAGUGGGCGUCAGUUUGUAUGAUACCUUGGGAAAGGAAUCACUUACCGUAUUGGAUAGCAUCAAUCAUGCGCAACUCCCUAUCAUAUUCACCACCCCGGAUCACAUAGCACCUUUACUCAAGCUAGCCGCAAGCAUCUCAAGUGUAAAGGUCAUCGUGUCCUUUGACCCACUGGGGGACGACGUCAGGACGAUUGCUUUCCUCCUGGGGGGAAACUUCCUACACAUUGAUUGUUCGUUUGCAGUCGAGAAGUAUGGCGAGGAAAAUCUCACUGAACCCCUUCCGGUAUCGCCUGAUCAGGUCGUUUCUCUGUGCUACACCUCGGGAACAACGAACUUGCCAAAAGGAGCAAUCCUCACCCACAUGAAUCUCGCGAGCGGGGCGUAUGCGAACACCUUUGGUACCAGCUUUCCCCUGGGCUGCUGUCUCAUGUCAUACUUGCCACUGGCGCACAUUUAUGAGCGGAUUUGCGAAUUGACGGUAAUCACCGUGGGUGGAUGUAUUGGGUACUCCACUGGCGACCCCUUGCGCUUGAUGGAUGACGCCCAAGCCCUGAAACCUCACUUUUUCCCAUCGGUACCACGAGUGCUGAAUAGAGUAUACCAAGCUGCCAUGUCCGCUGGUAAUGUGCCGGGUGUGAAGGGUGCUAUUUUCCGAACAGCAGUGCAGACGAAACUAGAUCAACUUUACAAGACCGGGGUAACUGCCCACGUCAUAUGGGACGCAUUGGUGUUCCGCAAGAUUCGCGCUGUACUUGGAGGGAACGUUUUGCUGAUGGUCACCGGUUCCGCUCCCAUUAGCGGCGAAGUGGUUGAUUUCCUCAAGAUCGCUUUUGGUUGUGGUGUUACAGAAGAGAAUUGUGGAGUUUGCACGCGCACUUCGCAGGGAGACCCAACUGGUGGCGGGACGAUCGGCCCGCCUCAACCAAUUCUCGAAGUCAAACUCGUCGACCUUCCAGCGAUGAAUUACCUAUCUAACGAUAAGCCGAACCCACGUGGAGAGUUAUGUGUCCGCGGCCCGAACUGCUUCAUGGGAUAUUAUAAAGAUGAGAAGAAAACUCAGGAGACGCUGAGGGACGGCUGGAUACACACCGGGGAUGUCGCAGAAGUUGAUAGUUCCGGACGCUUCAAGAUCAUUGAUCGAGUGAAGAACAUUAUGAAAUUGGCACAAGGCGAGUACGUGGCGCUCGAGAAGGUCGAGAAUACGUAUGCUGCUUGUCCUAUUGUCCAACAAAUCUACGUCCACGGGGAUUCUUUACAGCCGUACUUGAUCGCUGUCGUCGUCCCUGAUCCCUUGGUUUUAGCACCACUGGCAUCUGCUGCUCUCGGCAAGAAGGUGGAACCUGGCGAUACUCCUGCGCUCACUGAAGCGGUGAAGAAUCCUCAGGUUAUACAGGAAGUGCUGAGCUCGUUAAACGCAGGAGCAAGGAAGAGCGGGCUUGCUGGGUUUGAGUUUAUUAAGCGCAUCCAUGUCACCAUGGACCCCUUCACCAUCGAAGAAAAUACGUUGACGCCCACUCUAAAGUUAAGGCGCAGAGACGCUUACGCCAAGUUUAAGAGGGAACUUGAUGCCUUGUACGCUCUUGGGGAACCAGCCAACAAUGUGUCGUCCAGGCUGUAAUGAGCAUGGUUGAAGUGCAAGUAUACGGAGAUCCAUUAUGAAGUGGAUUCCUACCCUUUUGUUCAGAUAAUUGUCUAUUGAAUCUACUCUGGAUAUUAAUACGGCAUGAAAACCAAAAGAAAUAUCACGUCUCGCCAGUGAUCAUGAAAUGCCAUCAAAAUCCGGGACAUGGGAG